AUGUGGUGCGAGAUCCCACCCUAUUUCUGCGUCUCCCGCAAGUCCUGCAUGAUGAUCUUUUGUCUGCCUGCUUUGUAUCCUUGCGCAGCGCCAUCUCGUUCCAGCUGCCGCAUCUGGCCCAACCUCGCAAAGCAGAGGCCUCAGCCCUACUGCACCCUGCAGGUAUGGGGCAGUGAUCGUCAAGGCAGCAUGGCCGCUCCUCCAGGCCGUGGCGGCGGGUAGCUACCUCAGGUUCAGGUAGGCAGGUACCUGCACCUGCAUGCCUACCUACCUACCUAGGUAGCCGUCUGAACGAAGAAAGGGCAGACAAAUUAAAU